AUGUCUUCCCAGUAUUCUGGAGGAGGUCCGGCGAUCCAUCAUCCCCGCCCCAAUUACUACCCGUACACCUUUCAGCAUGACCCUCCUCUCCACUCCAGUUCCCGCCGUCGCCGCCGCGACGAUGACGACCCCUAUCAACCCUAUCUGCCUCUGCCCCACGCGCACUCCUACGGAGCCACCGCCGUCGUCACCGGCACCGUUCCCUGCCAUGUCCCCCGAAAUCCACUCGUGCUCUCACACCUCCAAGAGUGCCUCUUUCCGCCUCUCCCUCAACCUCACCCGGCCGCGGGUCCACCACCGACGAAGCGGGCCCGCCGCGCGCCAGAUACUCGGUGGGAUCCGCCGCCGCCAACGCUGCAGCCGGCACUUGUCCCGGUGGCGCCAGAGAGGCCUCGGGAUGUAGGAGCUUCCGCCGGGGCGUUGCUUUCGCGGGACGAGAUCGAGAGGCGGUCUCCAUCAAGGAGGGACGGGAUCGAUUCCGCGCUUGAGGCCAGGCUGCGUGCGUCCUACUGCGCAUACCUGCGCUGCCUCGGCAUCCGGCUCGGGCUGCCGCAGACAACAAUUGCGACGGCUGUGGUGUUCUGCCAUCGGUUCUUCUUCCACAGAUCUCACGCCUACCAUGAUAGAUUUUUGGUUGCGACCGCAGCCUUGUUCCUGGCAGCAAAGUCAGAAGAAACAGCAUGCCUUUUGAAUACUGUUCUUAGGGCUUCAUGUGAGAUUUCUCAAAAUCAAGAAUUCAAUCUGCUUCCUUACAUGCUACGUGGUCAGGACUGGUUUGAACAGUACAGAGAGCGUGUAAUACAGACAGAGCAAAUGAUACUUACAACACUUGAUUUUGAACUUGAAGUAGCCCACCCAUAUGCUGCCCUAUCCUCUGCUUUGGGCAAACUGGGACUCUCCCAUACUGUUCUAUUUAAUGUGGCUUGGAAUCUGAUCAAUGAAGGUUAUUAUAGAAAACAGCCAAGUUAUCUUGUAAAACUUUCACUCUAG